AUGCCAAAUAUUUUAAAUAAUAACGAUGAUAUUGUGAAUCGACAACAAAGAGUUAACAAAUCGGAUUGGAAAUACUAUAGAUAUAAGCCGAGCUCUGAUCGUAUUAAAGGUUUGCUGAAUUUGCAAAUGGAUAAAACUCAUUUGAGCCAGCGGGAAUCAGAGUCUCGUACAGUGUACGAGAGCGCUAAAUUCUCUUUACCCGCGAGAUAUGAAGUUAUCCAAACCUUGGGGAAAGGAUCUUAUGGGACCGUUUGCUCCGUCAAGGAUCGAUUAAAUCCACAAAAUCAGUAUCCAAUUGCCGUUAAGAAGAUAACCAACAUUUUUUAUCGAGAAAUUCUUCUGAAGAGGGCAAUAAGGGAAUUGAAAUUUAUGAUUUUCUUCAAAGGCCACAAGAAUAUCGUUAAUUUACUUGACCUUGAAAUCGUCUCAGACAAGCCAUAUGAUGGACUUUAUUGUUAUCAGGAGCUUAUCGACUACGAUUUGGCUAAAGUAAUUCAUUCUUCAGUUCAACUCUCAGAUUUUCAUAUAAAGCACCUAUUCUAUCAGAUUUUAUGUGGUUUGAAAUAUAUUCAUAGUGCUGAAGUUAUUCACAGGGAUUUGAAACCAGGUAAUAUCCUCUGUACGUUAAAUGGUUGUUUAAAAAUCUGUGAUUUUGGCUUAGCAAGAGGGUUGGCUCCACAAUUCUUCACUUCAAAAGAUAACUAUCACGAUAUAACCAAUUACGUGGCAACUCGUUGGUAUAGGGCCCCGGAGUUGAUUCUCUCGGAGAAAGCUUAUGACAAAUCAAUUGAUAUGUGGUCCACUGGCUGUAUCUUGGCAGAAUUUUACGCAAGAAAACCGCUAUUUAUGGGCAAAGACUCUAUGCACCAAGUUCAUGAGAUUGUUAAAGUUUUGGGAGCUCCAUCAAAGGAAAUUCUCGUCGACUACGGAUCAUUGAAGGCAUGGAACACCUACCAUAAUUUGAGUGGAUCAUCUCCAACAGUUUCUUGGCAAGAGUUGUAUCCCUUUGCCGCAAUUGAAGCAUUAGAUUUGAUCGAUAAUUUAUUGAAAUGGCAUCCGAAGAAAAGGUUUACUGUAGAGCAGGCUUUGGAGCAUCCCUUUUUAGGUGCUGUUCGAAAUCUAGAUGAUGAACCAGUCUGUCCUUGGGGUCCGUUUGAUUUCUCCUACGAAUAUCAGUUACACUCUAUGCCCAGGCUUAGAGAGUUUUUAAUACACGAAGUCUCAAUGUUCAGAGAAGAGAGGCUGAGACGUAAUAUAACAAAAUCAAAAGCCGUUGGAGACAUAAAAAUCGUGGGGGACCUGCAGUUGUGA